AUGUUUCCACUAAUCCUGGCUGCCGCAAGCCACUGCUAUGACGUCGGGCUGAGAAUGGUUCUGGAAUAUGACUGGUUCACUGCCAGGGACCUUUCCUCAUCAGUUGGCAAUGCCUUGAACGAUGCUGGCCUUACCAACCCAAUGGCGCCCGACCUAGAACGUUGA